AUGAUUUUUGAUUCCUUGGCUAUGGGCGGCUGGUGCCAUGCCCUAGCCGUCCCUUCAUUCUGGGGUCUACUGAGUGGACUCCUUGCAUUGCUGUGUGUUUACUAUGUGGGCUGGAUCAUCCACACUCUCUGCUUCCACCCUCUGAGUGGCUACCCUGGACCCAAGCUGGCUGCCAUCACUCCUUUGGUCCACCUCAUCUGGGAUAUCCAGGGUAAGCAGCACUCUACCAUGAAGCGUCUCCAUGACAAGUACGGAGACGUGGUUCGUAUUUCCCCGAAUGCCCUCGUUUACCGCGCCACACCCGCCUGGAAAGACAUCUACGGUCACCGCAAGAAGGGACAAAAGGUCUUCGUUAAGGAUCCCGCCUUGUAUGCACCCACUCCCAACGGUGUCAAUGCAAUCAUUACAGCCAAUGAGGAUGACCACUCCCGGAUGCGCCGUUUGCUGACCCACGCCUUCUCCAACAAAGCCCUGCGCGAGCAGGAAGAAAUUCUCCAGAUGUACGCCAGCAUGUUCAUCGAAAAGCUCAAGGGUCUCAUGGGCAACGCUGUGUCCCAGAACAUCGAUAUCACCUGCUGGUUCAACUUCACCACCUUCGACCUCAUUGGCGACCUCGCUUUUGGAGAACCCUUCGGCUGCUUGUCAACCAGCACAUACCACUGGUGGGUUCGAAUUAUUCUGGAUGCCGUCAAGGCAAGUGCCUACCUCAAGGUCUUUUGGUUCUACCCUUUUCUCGUUCCUCUUGUCCGCGUCCUGGUUCCCAAGCACCUUCUCCAGAAACGCCAGGCCAGCUUCGACCUGAGCGUCGAGAAGGUUCGUCGUCGUCUCGCCCUGGGUGCUACUCGCCCCGACUUCACUUCUUACAUCCUUAAGCACGCCAAAGAUGGAAAGGGAAUGUCGUCUGAGGAGAUGGAUGCAAACUCCGCGGUCUUCGUCCUGGCCGGCAGCGAGACUACCGCUGCCCUGCUCUCUGGUGUGACAUACUACCUUCUGCGCUGCCGUGACAAGUACGAGCGCCUGAUUCGGGAGAUUCGUGGUGCUUUCGCCAGGGACGCUGACAUCAAGCUGUCCACCCUCGUGGACCUCCCAUACCUGAAUGCUGUCCUGACUGAGGCGAUGCGCAUCUACCCGCCCAUUCCUUCCAUGCUUCCGCGCAUUGUUCCCGAAGGAGGAGCAAUGAUCAACGACCAAUACGUCCCUGGAAAAGUCUCCGUCUCGGUCUCGCUGUACUCCGCCUUCCACGCAGCCUCGCACUUCAAGAACCCCGAGGCAUUCGUCCCAGAGCGCUGGUUGAACGAGUCUGACGAGUACAGCAACGACAAGAAGGAGGCCUUCCAGCCCUACUCCUACGGUCCACGCAACUGUCUUGGCCAACACCUCGCGAACGCCGAGAUGCGUCUUCUGCUUGCUAAGCUCUUGUGGAACUUCGACCUGGAGCUGCUCCCUGAGUCUCUAAACUGGACUGACCAGAAGUCCUUCUCGCUCUGGAGCCGUCCUGAGUUGAUGGUUAAGCUCUUCCGUGCCGGUUCUGGAUCUACACUGUAG